GGCGCCGUCCUAGCUAGCAAGCUAAUGUAACACGGGGCUGUGUUGAUGGCAUCAGGCGGCUACCUGUCAACGUUAUAGGCGUCGCUGAAUCUAAAGUCUGUGUGGCUCUUUAUCGCCUGCUUACAUCAGUUGUUACAGUCAAAUAAGGCUGCUGGGUUAUGGACGAGCCAUGAAGGCCCAAUUGCAAGUCACAGUGCUUUCAGCCAGGCUGAAGGAAAACAAAAAGAACUGGUUUGGGCCCAGUCCAUAUGUGGAGGUAGCCGUUGAUGGCCAGUCGAAAAAGACAGAGAAGUGCAACAACACUCACAGUCCAAAAUGGAAGCAGGCACUUACAGUAAUUGUGACCCCGGUCAGCAAGCUCAUCUUUCGUGUAUGGAGUCACCAGACACUGAAGGCAGACAUUUUGUUGGGAAUGGCCACACUGGAGAUCCUUGAGACCCUCCGAACCAAUAACCUGAAAUUGUGUGAGGUGGUGCAAACACUGCAGCUGUGUUCUGACAGAGACCCCCAGGAUGUUGUAGGUGACCUGUCAGUCUGUCUGGAUGGCAUGCAGGUGGAUCCUGAAUCGUUCAACCCUGCACAGAGAGAUUAUGCGGCUGUUUCAAAUGGGAAUGUGGAAGAAAAUGGUGACGCUGGAAAGAGGUCAAGCAUAGACACGUCUCUCUCCAGUGACUCAGAAGAGUGGGUCAUUGUACCUAAUGGCCUCGCUGUCAACGAUUCGGCCCCUUUUUCCCAGUCCCCAGGAGACUCCACUGCCUCACAUCCUCCCAGACCAGCCGGACCUCCUCCUCCACCUCCAACACCUCAGAGACCUGCCGCCUCUCCAACCUCCUCCAGCAGUUCUUCUCCUAGUGAGCUGAGUGACGGUCCAGCCUCUGAUGGCUCCUAUCAGAUGUCUGCCAGUGGAGUUUCAGAUCAGCCGGGUGAUUCCAGGGCAGCAGCCACAAAUUCUUCGCAGACAGCGUGUGGUCCCAAACCAGGUCCCUCUGACCCAGCAGCUCUGGCCGCAGCAACCCCGAGAAUCACACCCUUGAACAAUACUCCUCUGCCACCAGGGUGGGAACAAAGGGUGGACCAAAAUGGUCGGGUGUACUAUGUGGAUCACAUUGAGAAAAGGACAACCUGGGAAAGGCCCGAGCCUCUGCCUUCAGGGUGGGAGCGCAGGGUGGACCCGAUGGGUAGGGUGUACUAUGUCGAUCACAUAACCCGAACUACAACAUGGCAGCGUCCCACACAGGAGUCAGUGCGUAACUAUGAGGAGUGGCAGAACCAGCGCAGCCAGCUUCAGGGAGCCAUGCAUCAGUUUAACCAGAGGUUUAUCUAUGGGCUCCAAGACCAGCUGACAGCUACAGCCAAUAAAGAGUUUGACCCGAUGGGGCCACUGCCACAUGGUUGGGAAAAGAGAACAGAUACCAAUGGGCGGGUGUAUUUUGUUCAUCAUCCAACUCGGAUGACACAGUGGGAGGACCCCAGGAGGCAAGGGCUGCUGAAUGACAAGCCCCUGCCAGAGGGCUGGGAGAUGAGAUUCACUGUAGAUGGCAUUCCGUACUUUGUAGACCACAACAGGCGAACCACAACCUACAUUGACCCGCGCACUGGGAAAUCUUCACUUGAGAACGGGCCACAGAUAACCUAUGUCAGGGACUUUAAAGCCAAAGUGCAAUACUUCAGGUUCUGGUGUCAGCAAAUGUCAAUGUCUCAGCACAUAAAGAUUUCUGUUACCCGAAAGACCUUGUUUGAGGACUCAUUCCAGCAGAUCAUGAGCUUCCACCCUCAAGAUCUGAGGCGGAGACUUUGGAUUAUCUUCCCGGGAGAGGAGGGGUUGGACUAUGGGGGUGUGGCUAGGGAGUGGUUUUUCUUGCUGUCUCAUGAGGUACUGAACCCCAUGUACUGUUUGUUUGAGUAUGCUGGCAAGGACAACUACUGCCUGCAGAUCAACCCUGCCUCUUACAUCAACCCUGAUCACCUCAAGUACUUCAGGUUCAUUGGACGCUUCAUUGCCAUGGCGCUGUUCCACGGCAAAUUCAUCGACACUGGUUUCUCUCUGCCCUUCUACAAGCGCAUCCUGAACAAACCUCUUGCUCUCAAAGAUCUGGAGUCCAUAGAUCCUGAGUUUUACAACUCACUCAUUUGGAUCAAGGAUAACAAUAUAGAGGAGUGCGGUUUGGAGAUGUUCUUCUCAGUUGACAAGGAAAUCCUGGGGGAGGUCACCACCCACGAGCUGAAAGCAGAUGGAGGUAACGUCCUAGUAACUGAGGAAAACAAAGAGGAAUACAUCAGAUUGGUGGCAGAGUGGAGGCUUUCCAGAGGUGUGGAGGAGCAGACUCAGGCAUUCUUUGAGGGAUUUAAUGAAGUUCUGCCCCAGCAAUAUCUUCAGUACUUUGAUGCUAAGGAAUUAGAGGUGAUGCUUUGUGGUAUGCAGGAGAUAGACCUGGUGGAUUGGCAAAGAAAUACGAUCUACAGGCAUUACGCCCGAAGCAGCAAGCAGAUUCUUUGGUUCUGGCAGUUUGUGAAGGAGAUGGACAACGAGAAGAGGAUGCGGCUGCUCCAGUUCGUAACAGGAACAUGCCGCCUUCCUGUGGGUGGUUUCACUGACCUGAUGGGGAGCAAUGGCCCUCAAAAGUUCUGCAUUGAGAAAGUGGGCAAAGACAACUGGCUUCCACGAAGCCACACAUGCUUUAAUCGCUUGGACCUUCCUCCUUACAAGAGCUACGAGCAGCUGAAGGAGAAGCUCAUGUUUGCCAUAGAGGAGACGGAAGGCUUUGGGCAGGAGUGAUGCCACAGUAAGAGCAGGAGCAGCACGAUCGGGUGGAGGAGACACCCAUUUCAGGAUAAAGCACUUUCAGAUUGUGAUUGCAGCCAGGAGACACAUAUAUACGUAUUGGUAGAUGGCUGUGAUUUCUUUUUUAAUACGUUUUCUGUCACACUAACAUAUGCAGUCUUAAAGUCUUAAAGAUUUGUAAGAUAUUUAGUUAGAUUUAUUUAAUUUGUCAAUUAGCUUGACAAGACUCCUGUGACACGGGCUUACGAGGGUUCACACUCCUAUGACUAGUUUGUCUCUAAUUUAGCUGAUCUCAUUUACCUGCUCAACCCACUGAGCAGGUGUGGAGACGGAGGAGACGUCUUUCUCACUCUGUCACGUCUGCACUUGCUCGAUAUUAUGCAAGUGCAGUUUCUACAUGUAAAUCUGUGAAUCUUUGCAGUAUAAUAUUUGAAGCGCCGCCUGUUGAGUCUAUUCAGAAUUAAUGGUUAUGGGGGGAAGAAAAAAAAAACACAUUUGUGCAUUUUGAAUUGAGAUAAAAUGGUACAUAUCUAGAAGCAACUUAAAAGACACAUAUGUACUUUGGCUGACUGACUCUUUUGUUCUUGAAUGGACAUUUUUUUUUUCCCCCAGUAGCUGAAUGGACUGACUCUCAUAGCAAAUACUUUUUUAAAUGACUUUUGAUAAAUAAAUAAAUAAUCAUGCUA